UUGCUUGACCGAACCCGAGAGGGAGCGAGGGAAACCAUCUGCGGCGAUGAUAUAAAUUCCCAUGGCCUUCGUCUCCCUAGGUUCAGCAAGGCUGUUAGCUUUCCAGCAAAUUGAUUCGCAUUCCCUCUGCUUCUUCUCAACCCCAAGAAUUUUCUUCUUUACUUCGAGGAGAAAACUAGGGUUUCGCUUUUGCGGCGUUCGUUGCGGUUCCGGGAGCGGGGCCAUGGCCGCGGAGCCUCGACCGGCGGUGAAGGUUCGGAUUGAUCUCACAAUGAACGAGGAGACGAUCUUCCGACGUUUGCUCGACGUGAUAGACCAUUUUAAGCUGAAUACGCAACUCCGGGUCGCUGGGGGCUGGGUACGAGACAAGCUUUUGGGAAAAGAUUGUUAUGAUAUUGAUAUAGCAUUGGACAACAUGUUGGGUCGGGAAUUCUGUGAAAAAGUCAAUGAAUAUCUGCACUCUACUGGUGAAGAAGUACAAGGAAUUGGUGUCAUCCAAUGCAAUCCAGAUCAAUCGAAACACCUGGAAACUGCUAGGAUGUGCAUAUACAGUACAUGGAUUGAUUUUGUGAACUUGAGAUCUGAAUCAUAUGCUGAGAACAGCCGCAUCCCUAAAAUGAAGUUUGGAACUGCUGAAGAAGAUGCUUACCGUAGGGAUCUAACUAUCAAUAGUUUAUUUUACAAUAUUAACACUACUUCAGUGGAAGAUUUAACUGGAAGGGGCGUUCAGGAUCUGAAGGAUGGAUAUAUUGUCACUCCUUUACCGCCAAGAGAAACUUUCUUAGAUGACCCACUUCGUGUUUUGCGAGCGAUUCGUUUUGGUGCUAGGUUCAAUUUUAAGUUGGAUGAAGACCUAAAAAUAGCUGCUUCUGAUGAGGAAGUUAGAGAUGCUCUCAUGAGUAAAAUUAGCCGAGAACGUGUUGGUCAUGAGAUUGAUCUGAUGAUUUCUGGAAAUCGACCUGUCACAGCAAUGUUUCAUAUUUGUGAUUUGCAGUUGUUCCAUGCUGUCUUCACAUUGCCUGAGAACGCACAACCUGAGGUUGUUGAGGGUUGUAACAGACUGUGUGUUUCAUAUAUGGAAGCAGCAUUGAAUGUGCUUCAACUAAUAGGCUUUUCGACAUUCAGUGAUGAACAAAAGAGACUAUAUUUGUAUGGGGCACUUUUUCUUCCUUUGAAAAAUACAGUUUACACUGACAACAAGUCAAAAAAGAUUCCAGUAACUAACUUUAUCAUACGAAAUUCUUUGAAGCUGAAAGCUAAUGAUGCUGAAAUGGUGUUCGCCUUACAUGGUGCAGUUGAGAGGUUUAGUUCAUUACUUCCUUUCUUGGAAUCAGAUAGAGAGCCUGUACCAGCUGAAGCCAAGCUUGAAGACGAAUUCCUUGAUAUACCACCAGCUUCAAGGAAGCGGGUCUUGGCAGGAUUGCUUCUGCGUGACAUAAAAAGCUUUUGGCGUGUCGCGUUGUUGCUGUCCACUCUCUUGCAUCCAAUUGAUGAAACUAUUGGAUAUUCUCGGAACAAAGAAUCAGAAAGAAGGGAAAUUUUCAGAAAAGUUGAGAGGAUCAUUACUGUUCUUGAUAGCUAUGACGAUGAAGAUGAUUAG